GUGGAAUCAGCGUUCAGUUAUUUUUUUUUGAUUUUAAAAUUGUUGAUUGAAAGCUGCAUUUAAAGUGAAUUUUGCAAAGUAGAAGUUUCGGAACUAGAGAAAUUAUUAAGACUGGUGCAACACAGGAACAUGGCCAAAGCGAAUGGCAAAUCCCUGGUUACAGCAGAAUCAACCAUAUCCUCUUCUGGUCUUGAAGACGCUGAUAUUUCAUUCUUCAGCACAAAUAUUGAAAACGACUUUUCACAGAAGAUCCUCCAAGAACUAAAGAAAGAAUACACAGUGAUUGAUCAAACAACACCAGUACCUUGUGGACGUUUGUCAUUGAGCAAUUUUGCUUCUAUUGCAAAUCAUGGAACAUACAAGUUGUUUCUGUUUGCAUUUAGUACAGAACAAACAAAAAAUGAGAACUAUGGAAAGAUGGUACAUGUUGUUACUUCUAUGAAACAAAAUAAAAGCUCCAACGUCCUUGUUCUCAAUCAAAAUUUGCAAGAAAAACACCUCAAAGAUUUUAAGCAAAAACAAGUCCAGGUGGUGGAUGUAAAAUUGGACACCAUUGAAGGGCUGAUUAGAAAAAUAUUCCAGUUCCUUGAAACUACAGUAAAUCAGAACAGAGAAAGAACGAGCCCUGAUUUAAGAAAUGAUGACUCCAUGAAUAUACUCUCAACUCUUGACCAUUUUAACAAGAAAAGAGCUUAUUUUCUUGUCUUGGGGCCUGUGACUAAUGGAGAAGACUAUAUGAAAGAGUUGUCUAAGUUUCCAUGGUUACGGGUGUUUGACUUUGACCCAUUAAGUAGAAUGUCUGGUGUAUUAAGUUGUACAGAGCAAGCAAUCAAACUGCAUAGAGAUCUGACAAUAUCUGAACAUACAGACAGCACCAUUGAUUUAAAUCAAAAAUCAACCAACUGGUCGUUUAUGAGGGGUUACGCAAAUCGUCCAGAUACAUAUUUCAGUGAUAGUCCUGUACAGUGGUGUAGCAAAGCUGAAAAUAUUAAGCCCUGGAAAAAAUUAUGUGGAGAAAUAUUUUCCUUCUGUGAAUGUAACACACCUCCAACAGUCCUUGUGUUAUGGCAUUCACUGAAGGAACAGAAAUAUUUGCACAAAUUUCUAUCCACUCUGUUUUUCCGUGCAGAUGAUGCUGACAUGCGAAACCGGUUGAAACUGGUAUUGUGUCUUAGUGAAGAACCGGAUGAGCACUUACAGUCCUUGCUUGUAGAGUACAACUUUGAAAAAGCUGUGCGAAUGUGGUCUUUCUCCGAAGUCUGCAAAUCUUUAAAAACUUGCCCUUCAUUAGAACAGGUAGAAUCACAACACAGAUUGCCGUGCUUUCAAGAAACAAAUAAAAGUGAACCAACAGUCUCCAUUAAUACCGAAAAGAUGCAAUGGCUGUCAGUGUACUGUGAUGUGUUAAGUCUGCAAGAAAAGAAAUCUGAUACAAAGAAACCAGACGACAAAGGGGAAGCUUUUCUUAAAGGUGGGGAAAUAACCUGGGAUCAACUCGGUAAAUAUGAUGCCACAAGAUCUAUAUUGGAUGAUGCAAAAAACAAAAUUUUAAAUCAGGCACUCAAGAAAGGCACAUCCCAAAUAGUUAACAUAUACCACACCCCGGGUGCUGGAGGAACAACCUUUUCUAAGCAACUCUUGUGGUCUUUGCAUGAACAUAUUCCAUGCAUAUACAUUAACUCAAAUACUUUCCCUGUGCCAGCAAUAUACGAAAGAAUUCAUUUUUUAAGAGAUAUAACAGUAUUACCGGUAGUGGUGCUUAUAGAUGGUAAGAGUGAAUAUGAGUUAAGGUCACUGUUGGAUCAUGCACAUUCUAGCAAAAUCAUUGUUCUGCAUGUUCAGAGGUGUAAUGAAAAACCACCAAAGAAUGUGUUGAUUCAUUUACCUGAUGAAGUAAAAAAAGUAGAGUCGGAAAAUCUUUACAAAGUGUUUUCGAAUGUGUGCCUUAGUCAGCAAACAAAACCGCUCCAAACAUUAGCAAGAAAGGUUGAAAAUGGUGGAACAUGUUAUAUGUAUGAGUUUGGCUUAACUUCCUUCCAGCAUGAAUUUCAUGGCCUGAAAAGUUUUGUGCAAGGGCGUCUAGAACUGGAACUAGGAACAGAAAAACUGGAAGGAUGGAAAAGUAUUCUUGCAUUUCUCUCUCUCGCCCACUAUUAUGGACAACGUGGAAUUCCACCCGACUUUUUCACGAAAAUCCUUGGCAUUAACCCAAACGAUGUGGUUACCAUUGAUGAUCUUCCCAGUCAAGCACAAGUUUUUAUCUUAGAAACAAAAGAAAAUACCUGGAAAAUUAACUACUUUGUUUUGGCAAAAGAGAUUUUGGAACAACUUGCAACAAGAAAUUACAAGAAAAAAUCAAAGCAGCAACACGUAGGCUUAAGUAAAGAAGCCAAAAGAAAUAUACAUGAAAUUGCACUUGAAUUCAUACAAGCUGUAAAAGCCAGAGUUUCAAACUUGGAUAAGGAUAUUGAAAACAUCAUUACUGCUCUAUUUUUUGAGAGAGAUUACCAGCUUGUUGAUGAUAAAGAUGUACUCGUAAAAAGAAAAACAUUUUCCAGGCUGUUGGAAGACAUGACUGAAUCAGACAAAAAAUUGAAGGUUCUUCAACUGCUGGUCGACUCAUUUCCACAGAAUUAUGAAUUCCGUGCACACCUUGGAAGGUUUUAUGGAUCAAGUUAUGGUAGGAACUAUGGUGAAGCUGAAACAGAAUUAAAAACCGCACUUGAGUUGGUUCAUAAGGAAAUGAAGAAUUCUCCAUCUCCAUCAAAAUUUCAUCAAGCUGUUAGCAGAUUCGAAAACAUGCUGGGGUGUGUGUUUGUCCGAAAGCUUGAGAAUAAGCUUGGAAUGCUUGGGGGUUACAAACCACAUGAAGUGCAUAGGUUAAGUACAUUUGUGAAUGAAAUUUUUUCAACAGCAGAAUCAGCAAUUUUACACUUCGAAGCAAAUGUAAGAUUAAGUUUUGGUUAUAAAAAGACAUAUGGAUACAUUGGUGAACUGAAAGCACGCCUACAUGUUGUGGAGUUUUUGUAUAAAACUGGUAUUUGCAGGUGGGAAGACAUUUUAGGUCAGGAAGAUCUGCAUCAGGACAAACAUUCAGACUUUCUCACAAGAAGCCUUCCAAUUUGUGACACACUCUUGGUGGAAUGUGCAGAGGUUGAUGCACAGGCAAAUGCCAUGAAGCUUCCUGAUUUUGCAACUUGCCUAAAUCUCUUUAACACAUUCUACAAAAGUCCAAAUGCUGCACUAAAUGAGUGGAAAGGAGUUAAUACGACCUUGUCCCGCAGAUGCCAAAUUUCUGUAAUUAAGUUGAAGCAUGGUGCAGUUCAAGGAGCAGUUAAUUCUAUUGAACUUGUAAAGGACAAAAAAGAUCUUGUAAAGAUAAUUCAACUACAUGAAGAAACGUUUGAUUCUGAAAUGAGUUUGUCACUUAAAGAUGGAGGUAUCAGACUGUCACCGAAUAUUCUUGAGUGGCUACAUGCAAUACGCUGCAAUUUAGUUGAAAAAGAAUAUGAGCUGACUGAGGUACUACGACAAGUUAAAAUGUGGAAUGAGCGCAAUGAGCAAGAUGUGCUUUCAUCCUACUACUUACGCACUCUCUACUUUUUACUUGCACUUACAUCGCCAGGAAAAAAGAUGGCCAAAACGUACACAAAUCAACUGAAAGCACUUAUUCAGGAAGACCUGUCGAACUUAGUGUCACAGUUUCCAGUCCAUGCCCUAGAAUGGAUAUCCUCAACCUCAAGUAUGGGAAUUAAGAGGCUUGUACACAAAUCUAAACUUGGUUCGUGGAACAGUACAGAUCGGUUCUUUGAAGACAAAAGAAAGCACAUGCUUUUAAAGGGUUUUACUGGCACCAUUGUUAAAUCCGAUCAGCCAUACUAUGGUAGAAUUCAGGUGGACAGCUUGUGUGACUUGACUUUAUAUUUUGCCCCAAACCUUUCAGGAUUUUUUGGCAAACGAUACACGGAACAAAAACUAAGGGUAGAAUUUUUUAUCGGUUUCAAUGUGGUGCAUGGAGCAGAAGCUCACUAUGUUAAAGAAUUGAAAACAGACACCUGCCCAACUUGCAAAUCUCGAUAUGAAGUAACAACCUUAUUAUCAAGAACAAUUUGCCAUAAAUGUAAAGCAGUCAUUACAGAGCGUCAGUUUACUGUUUCCUGAGGAGUUUUUAAAUUUAAUACAAAAAUCUUACCACCUGAUUAAGGAAGUAAUAAUUGUAAAAGAACAGACUUAUAUCUUCAGUGACCCCCCAUUGUACAGA